AUGGCUACUCAACUCAGUCAAAUCUAUGAAACUCUUCACACUCUCAUCGGGCCUCUUAUACCCUUUCUUGUACCCAUCAACUUCUACAUCAAUCUACGCUUCUUGUGUCACGAAAAAUGGAAGACGAGUACAGCCAGCAAAUUCGUAAAUGCAGCAAAUAUGAUACAACUUUUAAGCCGAUCAGUACCGCGGGUAUUGCUGAUAUUACGGAGCAUGAAUGGGGACUUUGUUGGGCAAUGGAGGGUUUGGACGGAGACUGUACUCAUUGUUUUGGCUCUUUUGAUUUGGGGCUCAGAGUGGGAUAUUGAUGAAGGAUCGAUUGAUGAGAUGUUAGAUGAAUGGUGGGCUACCUCGGACAAUGGAAAUGAGCAAAGAAGGAUUGAAGACCAAGGAGAGAGGGAGUAUGAUAAGGGAGAAAUUGCUGUCGAGUGCCAAUGA